CGCACCGGGGGGCAGGUAAACGUCAGCAGCAGUCGGCCGGAGCAGGAAAAGCCAGUACAGUACGCACCCUCCGACUGUUUAUCACCGGCUCCAUCACUGAGACGCACCGACACACAUUAGUGAUGGGCAGAUAAGCGGAUCCGUGUGACUCAGCGCCGCUCCUUUCCACAUCCACGAGUGCCUCCCAGUGCCCUCCGGUUCGGCUGGAAAUGGGAUGAUAUGGGAUUUUUUAUGUCGACGAAGAUCGGAGCUGUUCUUGCGUUUGCCUUGGUGUUCCUGUCCAUCUGUGUAUCAGGAGAACCUACAGAUGUGAGGUGUGAGAACGUUUACAAGGACUUUUCUGUGUGUGUCCUGGAGCUGGGGGAAAGUAUGGACAACUAUCAGGAGAAUGUGACCAGUGAGAGGGGAGUGGCAGCAGUGUGCAGCCACUGGGAAGCGUUCCACACAUGUGCCCUCACUGCGCUGUCUGACUGUCAGGAGGAAGUCAGCUCCAUCUGGGAGACUCUGAGGCAGGACUCCAGGAAGAUCCGCUUCCAGGGAAGUCUGUUCGACCUGUGCAGCCCCAGCUCUUCUCCUAGAAUAAGGUCGAGUCUCGCUGCUCUUACCCUGCCGCUGAUAGGCCUGCUGAUCAUGACUGGGCCUCAGGGGUGUUCUGUAUAGGUCAGGAAUGAGGUGGGUGG